AUGGCCGAAGCGCAUGAAGCCGUUGCAUUUUCAUUUCAAAUUGGUCCCGAUGGUGUUAAUGUUGAUCUAAGUUAUGAUGCAUUGAAAGCAGUUAUCUACAGUGGUUUAAGAUCAUGGAGAUUACGACUUCGACGAGGUUUAAACUCAUUAUAUAAUAGUUUAUAUCCAGGUGGUCCAAUUCGAGGAACAGCGUUUUGUGGAGCUAUAACAAUUUUAUAUCAUUACGGUUAUGAUACAUCAUUUUCAAUUAUACCAUGGCUUGAACAGCAUGUGUUUGAACGAUAUUUUGUACCAAAAACUUCAAAAUAUCUAGCCUGUAUUGCAUUUGGUUGUGGAGUAUAUGUUAUACUUGUUGAAACAAGAGUACAAACAUUGAAAACAUUAUUUUCCUAUCAUGGAUGGAUGUAUCAGACUCACGGACAAAAUGCUUCAAUUUUACCGAGAGUAUGGACAGGAUUAGUCAAAUUAUGCGUUGGACGAAGUCCAUCACUGUACAGUUGUCAAAGAUUUUUACCAACAUUGCCAUUGCCAUCGUUGAAUGAUACAAUGGAUCGGUAUUUGCGAACAGUGCGUCCAUUGUUUGAUGAUCGUGAAUAUGCGCGUAUGGAAAAGUUAGCUGAAGAAUUUAAAAAAUCACUUGGAAAACGAUUGCAGCGAUAUCUUUGGCUCAAAUGGUUGUUAUCAUCCAAUUACGUCUCAGAUUGGUGGGAAGAAUAUGUUUAUUUACGUGGACGUUCAGCAAUUAUGGUCAAUAGUAAUUUUUAUGGUCUGGAUGCGGUUUAUAUUCGUCCAACAACAAUUCAAUCUGCACGUGCAGCAAAUUUAACAUGUGCAGCAUUUUUAUAUCGAACAGAACUUGACCAUGAAACUAUUAAACCGUUAAUGGUUCAAAAAUUAGUACCAUUAUGUUCGAGACAAUAUGAACGUCAAUUUAAUACAGUUCGAAUACCGGGCCUUGAAACAGAUAAAAUUGUUCAUUAUUCGGAUAGUCGUCAUAUAGCUGUUUAUAGUAAAGGACGAUGGUAUAAAGUAUAUACAUUCUACAACAAUAAGUUGUUAUUACCAUGUGAAUUACAAGUACAAUUCAAUGAUAUUCUCAAAGAUACAACAUUACCAUCUAAAGGCGAAGAACAUUUAGCAGCAUUGACAGCUGGUGAAAGAAAACAAUGGGCACAAGCAAGAAGUAAAUAUUUUUCAACGGGAAUCAAUCGAUCAUCAUUGGAUGCUAUCGAAAAAGCAGCAUUUAUUGUAAUUUUGGAUGAAGAUGAAUACCAUCUUUCAGCUAAUAUGAGUCAGCAGUUCAAUGAUUAUGCACAUGCUAUAUUACAUGGAAAAGCUCAUGAUAGAUGGUUUGAUAAAUCAUUUAACUUUAUUAUUAGUAAAAAUGCUGUGUUUGGUUUCAAUGUUGAACAUUCAUGGGCUGAUGCACCUGUCUCUGGACACAUGGUCGAAUUUGUUUUAUGUGAAGAUUUUGUUCGAUUUGGAUAUGAUGAACACGGCAAUACAAAGGGUACCCCUCGUUUCGAUGCACUUAAGCCAAUUAAACUGAAAUGGAAUAUAUCCAAUGAGUGCGAACAGAUUAUCGAACAUAGUUUAACGGCUGCUACUGAAUUAUAUCGCGAUGUUGAUUUAAAUGUCUACGUUCAAGAUAAUUAUGGAAAAGGUUUUAUGAAAAAAUGUAAAUUAUCACCGGAUGCCUAUAUUCAAAUGGCUUUACAAUUGGCACAUUAUAGAGAUUCUGGUAAAUUCAAUCUUACAUAUGAAGCAUCAAUGACAAGAUUAUUUCGUGAAGGUAGAACAGAAACCGUACGUUCAUGUUCAAUUGAAUCGACUCAAUGGGUGAAAUCAAUGGAUGAUUCAAGUAUUAGCAAUGUUGAACGUAUUAAAUUACUUCGCUUGGCAUGUGAUUAUCAUCAACAACAAUAUCGUGAUGCAAUGAGUGGAAAAGGCAUUGAUCGACAUUUAUUUUGUUUAUACGUUGUUUCGAAAUAUUUGGGUGUUGAUUCUCCAUUUUUACAACAAGUUUUAAGUGAACCAUGGAAAUUAUCAACAAGUCAGACGCCAACUAGCUACGAUGAUGAACGAUUAAAACAUUUAAUUGCAUCUAACCGAGAUGUGAUCACAAAGUAUAAAGUAGACACUAAUGAGAUAACAGCAGCCGGAGGAGGUUUCGGGCCUACACCACAUAACUAUGAAGAAGAUUAUUCUGGACGCUAUGACGAACGUAGUAAAACUAAUUCUGGUGGAGGAUUCGGACCGGUUGCCGACGAUGGAUAUGGUGUUUCAUAUAUAAUUGCUGGUGAAGAUCUUAUUUUCUUUCAUAUAUCAUCAAAAAAAUCAUCAUCAGCUACGGAUUCUCAUCGUUUUGGUGAGCAUAUCAGAAAAGCAAUGGGUGAUAUGAAAAGUUUAUUUGAUAAUAAUAAAUCAGCGGUGACCACAGUUAAAAGCUAA